AUCCAAACCACCUCCUUGUUGACAUAAAUUGUGGUAGUAGAGGCUUAUCAAAAAGCAAUAAAUGCUCAACCAUGUAUUUUUCUAGAAGCAUUGUGAUCUACCCUGGAAGACAACCCUAGGAUAUGAGUUUGUCCAAAAUCUUGUCACUAAUCAUCCAUGCCUCCAUGGACACCAAGAGAACUCUCUUUUCCAAUGCCAUUGUACUUUUCAUGGCUUCCAUUCUGUUCGCAUCUUGUUGUGGAAUUGACAUCAUAAAUCAAACCCACUUCAUCUCAGAUAGCAAAAAUGAAUCCCUCAUAUCCUCCAUCGGAAAUUUCAAACUAGGCUUCUUUAGUCCAGGCAACUCUCCAAGCCGGUACGUUGGAAUAUGGUUCAACAAGGUCUCGAAACAAACUGUUGUUUGGGUUGCCAACAGAGAAAUUCCACUUAAGAAAUCCGCUGGCAUUUUCAAGAUUGCUGCAGAUGGAAAUCUGGCUGUUGUUGAUAGCAAAGGAAGGACUCCUCUUUGGUCCACAAACAUUUCUAUGCCAAAUGCCAACUCAUCUGCCAAGCUCUUACCUUCAGGCAACCUUGUUUUGGUGGUUAAGAACAACUCAGGUAACUCUGAAUCCAUUGUAUGGCAAAGCUUUGAUUACCCUACUGAUACUAUCUUGCCUGGAAUGAGAUUCGGCUUGAACCGGGAAACUGGUUUAAAUCAAUUCCUAACUUCAUGGAAAUCAAGUGAUGAUCCGGCACCUGGAGAUUUCUCAUUUGGGCUUAACCCAAAUGGUUCACCUCAGUACUUCUUGUAUAGGAAUCUGACUCCAUUUUGGCGAGUUGGACCGUGGAACGGUAGGAGCCUGAGUGGUACACCUGAUAUAUCAACCGGGGUCAAGAGCAAUCGUCCAGACUUCAGCAAUGAGGCUGGUUUUCUCAACUAUAGUUUUGUCAGCAACAAACAAGGAACUUACAUCACUUUCUAUCUAAGAAACACUUCUGUUUUCUCUUCAAUGGUGCUAGAACCUACUGGCAUAGUUAAGCGAGUCACAUGGCGUGAAGAUAGCCAGGAUUGGGCUUUGUUUUGGCUUGAACCUGAUGGCUCAUGUGAUGUUUACGCAAACUGUGGCUCUUAUUCUAUAUGCAACUUCAACAACGCGAUAAAGUGCUCAUGCUUACCAGGAUUUGAACCUCUUUCACCUCAUGAUUGGCAUACAUGUGUAGAGAAGAGAAAAUUCCAAUGUGGGAAGGGUGCAGGAGAAGGGUUCUUGAAGAUAGCUAAUGUGAAGAUUCCUGAUGCUACCAGGACCCGCGCUUACACGAAUUUGAGCUUGAAAGAGUGUGAAAUGGAGUGCUUGAGGAGCUGUAAUUGCAGUGGAUAUGCUAGUCUAGAUAUAAAUAAUGAGGGACAAGGCUGUUUAGCUUGGUAUGGUGAGCUAAAUGACAUGCAGCAAUAUACUGAUGAGGGACAGGACUUUCAUCUGCGAGUGGAGGCAGGGGAGCUUGCUGCAUAUGCAAAGAACAGCUCAAAAUCCUCCACGGCUACGAAUUGGAUAGUUAGAGUUAUCGUUUUGUUUGCUAUUGCGUUGCUGCUUCUUUUUGUAUCAAUUUACCUUCACUCUCGAAAGAAACGUGCGAGAAAAGGCCAUCUAGAGAAGCGAAGGAGAUGUGAGUUGCUAUCAUUGGAUCCAGAAAAUCGCAUGUCAAACUCUGAGGACCUUACGAGCGCCCAUGAGUGCGAAGAGAAUUUAAAUAUAACCUUCUAUGAUCUAGGCACCAUCAGAGCUGCAACAGACAAUUUUUCUUCUGAAAGAAAACUUGGAGAAGGUGGAUUUGGUCCUGUCUACAAGGGAAAGCUAUCAAAUGGAAAGGAGGUAGCUAUUAAAAGGCUAUCGAAGAGCUCAGAACAAGGAAUAGAUGAGUUUAAGAAUGAAGUUUUGUUAAUUGCAAAACUUCAGCACAGAAAUCUUGUCAAACUUCUUGGCUGUUGCAUUGAAGCAGAAGAAAAGAUGCUGAUCUAUGAAUACAUGCCUAACAAAAGCCUGGACUACCUUAUUUUUGAUCAGUCAAGAAAAGCAUCUCUGGAAUGGGAAAAGCGCUUUGAAAUCAUAAUGGGCAUUGCUCGAGGGAUCCUAUAUCUUCAUCAGGACUCUAGGUUAAGAAUCAUCCAUAGAGACUUGAAAACAAGCAAUGUUCUUCUAGAUGAGGAGAUGAAUGCCAAAAUUUCAGAUUUCGGGACUGCAAGGAUCUUUUGUGGGAACCAAAACCAAGCAAAUACAAACAGAGUCGUCGGCACAUUUGGAUACAUGUCACCAGAGUAUGCUCUGGAUGGCCUCUUCUCUGUAAAAUCCGACGUCUUCAGUUUUGGAGUCUUACUUCUGGAGAUCAUUAGUGGUAGGAAGAACAUAGGUUUUUUCAAAGAAGAUCUGUCCUCAAAUUUGAUACGAUAUACAUGGAAUCUGUGGAAAGAUGGAAACGCCUUGGAGAUGAUGGACUUAUCAAUCAGGCAAUCAUGUCCUAGUUCAGAAGUACUGCGGUGCAUUCAUGUUGGUCUAUUGUGUGUGCAAGAUUGUGCAGCAAACAGGCCAACAAUGUCCGAAAUUAUUUUCAUGUUGAGCACUGACACUACUCUUCCAUCUCCAACACAACCUACCUUUUCAAUCACGAGAAGUCAGAAUGAUCCCAGUUUUCCUGCUAUAGACACAAGUUCUUCAGUGAAUCAGGUGACAAUCAGUCUUGUGGAUGCUCGAUAAGCUCUUCUAAUAAAGUUAUAUGCAGAGCGUGUUAAGGAUGUGAUUACAGAGAAUUCAGCAGUCUUGAGGUCUUGGCUUUCUUUGUUAUAUGGGAUUAAGUGUUUGUGCAAAUGGAUGUGGAGAUUGUUUUUUCCCUUUAUUUCUUUCUUUCUUCCUGCUACUGCUUGAAAUUGUGAAUGGGGCGAAGAUUGCUGUAUAAAUCUGAGAAUUGAUCUCCUAGAUUUUCUAACAUAA